AUGUCUGGCCGCGGCAAAGGAGGAAAAGUCAAGGGAAAGGCAAAGUCCCGAUCAUCUCGUGCCGGACUUCAGUUCCCAGUUGGUCGUAUCCAUCGUCUGCUCCGCAAGGGCAACUACGCAGAACGUGUCGGAGCUGGAGCUCCCGUCUAUCUGGCCGCUGUCAUGGAAUAUCUGGCAGCUGAAGUGCUGGAAUUGGCAGGAAACGCCGCUCGUGACAACAAGAAGACCCGUAUCAUCCCGCGUCAUCUUCAGCUGGCCAUCCGCAAUGACGAGGAGUUGAACAAACUGCUCUCGGGUGUCACCAUCGCUCAGGGAGGUGUUUUACCCAACAUCCAAGCCGUUCUGCUGCCCAAGAAGACCGAAAAGAAGGCUUAA